AUGUGUAUUGAUCCAGGGAAGUGGUUCAUCUUUGCACAGCUCUCUCUGGAUCUUGUGGAGUCAUGGCUUGAGCGCAACCCAGAAGCAACUGAAUUCACCAAUGGAGGAACUACUUUUAGAGAUAUUGCACUCUUCCAAGAUUAUCACGGCCUUCCCGCUUUCAAGAAUGCAGCUUCUACCAAUUAUAUAAAUUGCAACUUUACCGAUCAGCUUGGCCUUUUCCUUCUCUUUCUCGAUCUGUAUUUUGAUCUCAUCACAGCUAAUCACAGGAGCGGGCUGACUUAUAAAGGCUCGUGUUUGGCUGUGCAGGCCCUGGCGGGUUUCAUGUCGAGAAUAAGAGAGAACAAGGUUUCAUUCGAUCCAGACAAGCUGGUUCUCACUGCGGGCACAACUUCGGCGAAUGAGAUUCUCAUGUUUUGCCUUGCCGAACCUGGUGAUGCUUUUCUUGUUCCGACCCCGUAUUAUCCUGGAUUCGACAGAGACCUCAAAUGGCGAACCGGAGUUGAAAUCAUCCCCAUACACCGCUCGAGCUCGAACGGCUUCAAGAUCACCGAGUCCGCCAUGGAAGAAGCUUUCGACCAUGCCCAAAACCAGCUGAAUCGAACGGUGAAAGGCCUCUUGAUCACCAACCCUUCCAACCCGCUCGGCACCACGAUGACCCGCCACGAGCUCAGCCAAAUCAUACACUUCGCGAACGCCAAAAACGUCCACGUCAUCAGCGACGAGAUCUACUCGGGAACCGUCUUCGACUCACCCAGCUUCGUCAGCAUCGUCGAUCUCGCCUUGCAGCAUGAGAACUCGCACAACGGGGACGACCUGUCGAGCCGCAUCCACAUGGUCUACAGCCUCUCCAAGGAUCUCGGCCUGCCCGGCUUCCGUGCUGGGGCGAUCUACUCGAACAACGAGGCGGUCGUCUCGGCGGCGACCAAGAUGUCAAGCUUCGGCCUCGUCUCAUCGCAGACUCAACACCUUCUCUCAAGCAUGCUGUCCGACGAGAAGUUCGUGCAGAAAUAUUUAAGCGAGAACAGGACGAGGAUCAAGACCAGGAAGCAAAUGCUCGUUUCCGGUUUGAAAGAUUUAGGAAUCGAGUGUCUGAAUAGUAAUGCCGGUUUAUUUUGUUGGGUCAACAUGAGGAAGUUUCUAAAGUCAAACACUUUCGAGGCCGAGAUGGAGUUAUGGAGGAGAUUGAUCUAUGAGGUGGGGUGGAACGUCUCGCCCGGUUCGAGCUUUCACUGCGUUGAACCAGGUUGGUUCAGGAUGUGCUUCGCCAACAUGGACGAGAGGACACUGGCCGUAGCCAUGCGACGUAUCGGGGUCUUCGUUGACGCCAUGCGUGCAGAGAGAAUCAAGGGCACGAAACCUCAGUUUGGCCUGAGAGGGAGGAAAAAAUCGGCUUGCCCUUGCUCUGUUCUCUGAGUUUUGAAAUGAUCGAGCAGAAGGAGAUUUGAUCUACAUGGAGUGGUCGAGAAGAGAUGAUUUAGAUGGAUCGUUUGAAUUAAAUUGGACUUUCGCUAGAUUGUCGACAUAGAUUGGAUGUUGUGUAUUUGGUAAUUGGGAAUUAUAUUUUUAAGGUAA